UGGCGAGAGUCGUGUGUCUGCUCGGUGACAUACAGGAAGGUUCAUACUCGCUGCAGCUCUGCACAAAACAGCCCCAAGUACAAGCUCCAGCUACGGCUAUCUGCAGCCUGUCCUGCUGUAACGAGGGAGAAAACAUAUGAUGCAGAGAGGCUGUUAUUAGGAAACUGAACUUCAUACACAUAUUUCAGCUUCUUACCUCAUUGCUUCUCAGGACAAGACAAAAAUAUGGCUUUUCUACGGACUGUCUCGAAAGAGCUCUGUGCUUCCUGCAAUAAGACUGUGUAUCCCAUGGAGCGCCUGGUUGCUGAUAAGCUGGUUUUCCACACCACCUGUUUUUGCUGCAAACAUUGCAAUGCUAAACUGAGUUUGGGAAGCUACGCAGCGCUGCAGGGUGAGUUUUACUGCAAGCCUCAUUUCCAACAGCUGUUCAAGAGCAAAGGGAACUAUGACGAGGGCUUUGGCCGCAAACAGCACAAGGAACUGUGGCAGCAGAAGGCAGCAGAGAGUGACUCCAAGUAAUGAUGACACCACUGUUGGGGAAGGAGCAGCUGGUUGGCAGCAAGCAAAAUGUGAAGCUCUGACACCGUGUCUCUCUUUAACUAAGGAUGUAGCAGCUGCAUUUCCUUGAUCAGCUUUAGUGUAUAAUUUAGGGGCUAUUGCUAACAUGGGGGAAGGAUUGCUGUUGUCACUAUGUGCAGUGACAUUGUAAAAAUGGUCAUUAGGAUCUCCUCUGGUCAGAAGAACUUUGAAAACAACAUAUAUACAGCAGGUGUUACAAAGACCAACCAGAGAAUAUCUUGCUGACUGGAUUUAAAUGUUGCUUCCAGGUGACAACCAGACUCAUCAUUCUGAUUUAGGAUUUAUCUACCAAUGUGGCAAUAGGGCUCAACAGCCCACUCCAUCUCCACACCACACAAUUCAAACUGGAAAUAAGGAACUAAAGUAAAAGCAGUACCAAGUUACAGGCCAGAUUAACACUGGGAUCACUGGGCUGCAUAUGACCACCCAACAAUCCUGUGUUACACACAGCAAUUCUCCCCUCAUCUAUACAUUGCUAUGUCUUUGGAAUGAUAGCCCACCUGGUGGGAUCAGUUUGCAAUUGCACAAUAUACUCUCAACAAUAUAUAUCGUCUUUAAAUGGGGUGGCUUUGUCACAGUGAAAUGGUUGUGCCAGAUAUUUUAACUGAGCUUUACUGCAAACAGAAUGUGAAGACACAAUGCCACCGACAAGUCCACUGUGACAGAUUUAUCUUUUAGCAAUUAAAGGUUGUAAUAAGCACCAUGGGAAUCAUGGUGUAUCUCACACACAGCUUGCUACACUGUAAAUUUUCCUCAUAACCCAGAGGGCAGUGCUCCCAACAUAAUGUUCUUCAAAUCAGCUCGCUUUUGCCUAGUUCCUUCACAAAAUAGAGGUGUGAAAAUAGUGUCAGUAUGGUACCACAGGGCCUUUAACCCACUUGUAUGAUCAAAUGUUUUAUCAAAUUAACUAAACAAUGAUUCGACUGUCUGACCCUUGCUCACCCCUGUAUUCCUGAUCCCAGCUUAGAGAGAGCAUGUAACUCCCAAGACCACUCACCGCCCCCCAACGAUAAUACAGAAAUCCCCUUCUUACGGAGCUCAGUAUACAAAAAUCCAAUGAAAAACAGUUGAAAGUCAGUGCCUUCCCCUUACAGUAAAGGUCAAUAACACCAUCCCAUUUGGAGGAGGUCAGUGACCCAAGCCUACAUAUUGGAGGACAGUGACCCUGGCCCACAUGAAGAACUUCAGUGACCCUAGUCCACAUGGAGGUUAGUGGUAUCAGUCCACAUUAAAGAGGUCAGUGACUCUUCCUCUACAGAGGUGGUCAGUAAUCCCUUCCCCUACAUGGACUUCAUAGAGUCGUACAGCGUGGAAAUGGAACCUUUGGUCAAACCAGUCCAUGCUGAACGUAAUCCCAAACUAAACUAGUCCCACCUGCCUGUUCCUAGCCCAUAUCUCUCCAAACUUUUCCUAUUCAUGUACUUACUAAAUGUUGUAACUGUGCCCGCAUCCACCACUUCCUCAGGAAGUUCAUUCACAUGCAAACCACAAAGGUUUGCCCCGAUAUCUUUUUUAAACCUCUUUCCUCUCACCUUAAAAAUGUGCCCCUUUGUCUUGAAAUCCCCCAUCCUAGGGAAAAGACACCUACCAUUAACCCUAUCUAUACCCCUCAGGAUUUUAUAAACCUUUAUAAGUACACCUCUCGACUUCCUAUGCUCCAGUGAAAAAAUUCCCACCUUUCCAGUCUUUCUUUAUAACUCAAACCAUCCAUAUCUGGCAAUAUCCUAGUAAAUCUCUUCUGAACCCUCUCCAGCUUAAUAAUAUCCUUCCUUAAACAGGGCAUCCAGAACUGCAUAAAGUAGUCCAGAACAGGCGUCACCAAUGUCCUGUACAACCUCAGCAUGACUUCCCAACUCCUAUACUCAAAGGACUGAGCAAUGAAGGCAAGAGUGCUAAAUGCCUUUUUAACCACCGUCUAUAUGUGAUGCAAAUUUCAAACAGUCAAUGACCUCUCCAGUCCUAACCUCACAAUAACUGUUUCAGUUUUUUUGACGGCUCUGUUGUUUUCUCAGUAGCUGGCUUAACUUCUGGAAAUUAUGCAUGUGAUUUAAUUGUGGGGAAUUCAAUGUGUUUAUUGUUGUAUUCUGAAAUCUCUGAACUUUAGAAGUGCACUCAGCCCCAAGCUCCUCAGACAGAAUGCAAUUUUUUUUCAAAUGAAACUGUGCCUCAGUAAUGGGUUAAGUGUUGAAAAUAAUAUUUUGGUACUUGAUUGUUUAAUAUGCCUGUACCUAUGCAUUUUAUAUUACGAUCCAUCAAUCACAGAUCAUUUUCGGGUUUCAUCGAAAGAUUCAGCAGCCUUUUAUACACUAUUGAUAUUUUUUCCCAGUCCAACACAGCACUCAAGAAGUACCUGUAUCACUUGCUCACUGAUCAAGUAUUGAAAUUAUUUUGUACUAAUCAGAGUAAUAACCAGGGAUGAGACGUGGACUGAUUGAACAGUGUUUAUCAGAUGCCUCUGAUAAUCCUCCAGCAUUCAGCAAAAUUAUCACAACAUCCACAUCACUUUCCCCUUCCCUUGAGCUGAGGGAGCAGACGGAUAACCUAUAUCCGAUAUUGUGCUGCACUGUCAGGAUAGACAUUUUACUCAGAAUUGACUGAAAUGACUUACGCUUGCCUUGCGCAUAAUCUCCAAAUGCAAUCUGCCCUAUGAUGCUACUGACAUUUAAAAGCCUGGAUAUUUGAAGUGCACAUGUGCAUGGGCUCUGCUGCAUUUCAGUGGCACUGACCGAUUUCUGGGAGCACCAGGAUGUUAAAUGGGUGUACCAGGGGCACCAAGAGAAUUAGCGGGAGGAAGGUACUUUCUCUCACUGUCGUUUUUGUUUACUGGCCCCAUGUGGAGUCAGUCCAAUGUAUGAAAUUCAAAGCACUAUAUAUUUUUAAACCACUCCCACAAUAACUCCAUGCCCACAAUAAUCUGUUCAGUUGUCUCAUUCCGCAAUGACCCCCUUCUGCUUUUUGAGGGGGGAGCUUCGACUGCAAAUCGCGUAAAGCUUCACUACUGUCUCACAUUCCUCACUAUUUAAAUUGGAGAUCGGAACUAUACAAGGCCAAAUCACAAUGCUACAAUAGUGUGCGCACCCCUGUUUUACAUAUCUCCGCAUAAACCCUGUUGAGGCUGCUACACCUACCUUUUUGUUACUUUACCUGGGUUCUUAAACUUGUACUUCUUUUGUCAGAAAAGGUAGGGGGUGGAGAGCACAGUGUCUCUCCAGAGUUGGUCUCCUGUCUCCCAACACCUACCUGCCAUUCACCCACUCCAUAGCCUGUUCUUUGAUUCCAUCAAGUCCACAUACUUGUUUAUCUCAACCAAUGAACAUUUUCUUCCCUCUUUGGCUUCUGAUUGUAUUUCUUUUGCACAUCAAUGCCCAGCUAGGAGUUGCUGCGAGACCACCUAGGGAUGGGCAACAAACAUCAGCUUUGCUUUUCCUAUAAAGAAAAAGUAGAAAUAAUUUGAAAUCUAUAAAUUGACAGCAUCUCCAUAGCAAUAUAGUCUGGAGUUAAAUUCUAUCCGAUUUGUAGAUCCCUAUCCUCGAGAAGCAUUUUAGUCUGUUGGGAGCUCCAGUGGUUAGCUCUGUUGUAAUUUUGUUUUUAACUCGUAUGUAUCCAAAACCACUUCACACCCAUGUUAAAAUCUUAGUAAUCCCACUGUCUAAAACAGAUGUUUUAAACUAGGAUUGACUAAUGGAAUUGGUCACCUUUUUAGACUCUCCUUCAACCACCACCUAUGUUCUGUACAUCUCUUCUGAGCUGCAACCUCUCAUUAUAAAUGUCAUAGGAAACAGUGGUCAUUCAAUCCCUUUACCCGGUUCUGCCAUUCAAUCACAUUUUGCUAAUCUUUACUGCAAUUUCAAUUCGUGCAUUUUCUCCAUAUCCCUCAACAUUCUUUAGUAUGUUUAUCGAUCUGUUUUGAAAUCUUCAAUGACCCCAGCAUUAACAGCUUUCUGAAUGAAGAAAUGCUCCCUCAUUUCAUGCCUAAAUGACUGAACUGUAAUUUUGAAAUUAUGUCUUCUUCUUCUGGAUUCCCCACCAGAGUACUUAGCUUCUUUAUUCCUGCUCUUUCAAUCAUUUUAAAAAUAAAGUACUGUCAUCAUGGCAAGCUUUCAAGGUUAAUGCAACCUAGAAAUUAGAUUUUUAAAAUGUGACAUUAUUUUGAGGAAAGUCUAUACUGCAUGCAUAAAUUUGUGAUCAGCAUUUUAAGAUCUGAUAGUGUAUGAUGUCUUCCCAAAGUGAAAAAUUUCAAGUGCUGUUUUGUAAUGGUUGCAUGCAUUUAAUAUAUUGGUGAUUCUUGUCCCUUAGACACGUGUGAUCAUUUUACUGAGAGGUGUGGAGCUAUGAUCCCGGUUAACCAAUUCCACAGGAUCUAAUCAAUGUUGGAAUUAGAACUUUUACCAAAUUAAAUAUUAAAUACAAUAACUAAACAUUGCAUAGCUCUCUGAUACAGUAUAUCUGUGGGUGUAACAGGCAUUUUUUGAAAUUACUAUUAAGGGAUCAUGAUAAACUGGCUAAUGAUUCCUGAACCUUGGCCUGUGGGUGGAGCAACUGGGCCUCAGAGUUUGCCAAAUUGGUGGACAAACCCUGACUGCUGAUCAAUAUCCAAUGAAUCCAGUUAUAAGUGGAUUUUGGACAAGGAAAGCAUGGGCUCAAAAUGGUGGCCAAACAGCUUUCAAGCAUGCAUCAUCUAUUUACAGAAAGCCCCAUUAAGUUAAAGUUUUGACAUGUGGAACUGUGCCCUAUUAUGGGUUGACCAAUUCAUGAGGAGAAGGGGGGAAAGAGAACACAAAAUAAAUUUUAGGCACCUACUGAUCUCACGAUUCGCUAAAGAUUGGAUAGAAAAAGAUUUCCCUAAAAGAAAGAAUUAAAAAGCAAUGAAUGAGACACUAUCCAUUACACAUUUUAAGAAAUAAUCCCACAUUGUAUAUGCUGAAUGCGAAAAGCUCAAUGCACUCAGGAUACAUAAAAUGUUAACAGGCCAUUUCACUUUGUUUGUACUGACUACAACUCCUUGUUAUACAAGUGAGGAUUUGCGGGUACAUUUUGUGCAUACUGUGAAAGGAAUAUAACACUGAUUUUAAAAAAAAUAGACUUCCACCAUCUGGAGCAUUUUGCUUUUGUAAAUAUGAAUGGGGGUUGUGGAGUUCAAAGUAUGACCUUAUGUCUAGUUGUAUUCAAUUAACACAUCUAUCUCUUCCCAUCUCAAAUUAUUUUGUUUACGAGUUGUAAGACAAUUCAUUGUUUCAUUACUCACUCUCCAUCCCACAAGCCAUUCACAGAAUAUUCUUGCAGAGAGCUGUCACUGUCUGGUUACUGCAUUUACAACUUAUUGUUACACGUCGGAUAUCCCUUGGUGCACAGGCCUUAUAAACAUUGUAUGUUUGUACCUUUUUUACUGUUUGUAUCUCUGAUCAUGACUGUUAAAAGUGCUGCUUUUGAAUCUGUGAUUUCACUUCUGCUUUACAAAUGUUAGAGUUUUGACAUUAAAAUAUACAUUGUGUAA